UUGUUCGAUUCCGCCAGUUGAUGGUUGUGAUUGUCCAGGUGAGGCGCGUGCCUGUGAUUUAUGAGACAAAGACAAAGCAAAGGAGAAACGGCGAGUGUGGAGCGCAGACGAAAUUACCAGGAGCCCAGGCAGGUCAAGUGACUUCCAUACUGGUGUCAGUAGUGGGAUCUGAAUCCACAAUCUCAGGGUUUGAAAUCCAAAGCCCAGCACACUGCGUAUGUAUCUGUGUAGGUAUGACGCAGUGCCUUUCUACAUACCGUAUUGUCUCUUAACACACUCACAAAAGUAUAACCUCCAUUCAACUUAAAAUAAUUCAGGUAGAAAGGAGCCUCUUUCCCAGUUCACGUGGUGAUGCAGUGAAGUGUUUACCAGCCUCCAUGUGAUGAGGGAAUCUUUAAAAGAGAAGGCACUUGGUGGUUUAGAGAGAAGCGUUUCCCACAGAACAUGGCCUCUGCCAAAGAGGACAGCAUGGAUCAAAGAGUGGCCAGCAUUAAAGAAGAGGGCUGUGAGUGGGGUCCACCCCAGGAUUUGUGCGUGAAGCUGGAAGACUGUGAAGUAAGAAUUUCUGGUGUUAAAGAGGAGGAGUCCAAGGGGGAGAUUGUCCAGGUGAAAGUGGAGGAUUCAAACGAGUUCUCGGCGAGUCCUGAACUGCAAACGUUCAAAGCUGAGAAGAUUUUCAAACUGGAGUCUCAUUCCAAUUCAGGGCCCCAGUUCACUAAUAAGGCAGAACCUGUGGAAGUGAAAUCUGAGCUCUCUGAGUUUGAGGAGAAAGUGACUGAAGGAAACGGGAGAGAAGAAGAGCAGCAGCCAUCUAGGAGUGUUGGAAUAAAUUUUCAAGUUUGUGGCUACUUGUCCCCAACAACAGUUGCUCAGAAUUUUCCACAGCACAGAUCUGGAAAGAAGCUCUAUGAUGGUAUAAUACCAGUCUCUUUCCAAAAUAUUAUCCCAACAGACAGUAGUACGCAAUCAAGACCAGAAAUCAUCAACACUCACCAGCAGAUGGAAAUGCCUGCUCCAGUGCUUUUAGAUAUCUCCCAGGAGAGUGGAGAAAAGCCUGACUCUAAUAUUGAAGAUUACCAGAGUGUACACGAAGAAAAGAAGCCACAUUGCUGUGCUGAAUGCAACAAACAAUUCUUGGACAAGGGUGAUUUUGAAAGACACAUUACAAUUCACAAUGGAGAGAAACCUCAUUGCUGUUCAGAAUGUGGCAAGCGAUUUUCUCAAAUUAGCCAUCUUCAGAGUCACAAACGAACUCACACGGGAGAGAAGCCAUUUUGUUGUUCUCAAUGUGGCAAACGGUUCUCACAAAUAAGUAACCUUAAAAGACACACGAGUGUCCACACUGGAGAGAAGCCGUAUACCUGUUCUGAAUGUGGUAAAUGCUUCUCGCACAUAAGCCAUCUUAAUACACACAAAAAAAUUCACUCGGAAGAAAAGCCACAUUCAUGUUCUGAAUGUGGCAAACAAUUUGCUCAGUUUGCCUAUCUUCAAAAACACAAGCGAAUUCACACUGUGGAAAAGCCAUAUUGCUGUUCUAAGUGUGACAAACGGUUUUCUCAACUGGGUGAUCUUCAGAAACAUCAAAGGAUACACACUGGUGAGAAGCCAUUCAGCUGUUUAGAAUGUGGUAAACGAUUUUCACAGAUUAGCAAUCUUCAGAGUCACAAACGGAUUCACACUGGUGAGAAGCCAUAUUGCUGUUCGGAAUGUGGCAAAUGUUUCUCAUGGCUGAAAGAUCUUCAGAAUCACAGACGAAUUCACACUGGAGAAAAACCAUAUUCCUGUUCUGAAUGUGGCAAAAGAUUCUCUCAAAUAAGUACUGUUAAACUUCAUGCACAUAUUCAUGCUGGAGAUAAGCCUCAUUGCUGCUCUGAAUGUGGCAAACGAUUUUCUCUAAUGUCCAAACUUCACAGUCACUUAAAAAUCCAUACUGGAGAUAAACCACACUGCUGUUCUGAAUGUGGGAAACGCUUCUCUCACUUAUGUCACCUUAAGAGACACAUGAGAAUUCACACUGGAGAAAAGCCUCAUUGCUGUUCUGAAUGUGACAAACGUUUUUCUCAACUUGGUGAUCUUCAGAAACAUCAAAGAAUACACACUGGUGAGAAGCCAUAUAGCUGUUUAGAAUGUGGCAAACAAUUUUCACAAAUAAGUCAUCUUCAGAGUCACAAACGAAUUCACACAGGAGAGAAGCCAUUUUGUUGUUCUGAAUGUGGCAAACGCUUCUCACAAAUAAGAUAUCUUAAAAAACACUUGACUAUUCACACGGGAGAAAAGUCCUCAUUGUUCUGAAUGUGGGAAGCGUUUCUCGGAAAUAAGUCAUCUUCAUAGUCAUGCACAUAGUCACUCUGGAUAGAAACUGUUUUUUAUGUGCUGGAUGUGGUAACUGCUUCUCACAAACAAACCAUCUU